UAUUUUUAUGCUGUACAUUUUUUAUUGUAAUUAUUGUCUUUUCAUGGUGUAAGUGUCAGCAGAGGAGACCGUUCCAGAAGGAAGAAAUAGCCCUGAUGCAGAUCAUCCAAACAUGUCAGCAGAGAAGACCGUUCCAACAGGAAGACAUAGCCCAGAUGCAGAUCUUCCAAACAAGCUGAGGAUUGUUCUGCUGGGGAAGAACAGCUCAGAGAUCAGCAGAGUGGGGAACUUUAUUCUGGACAGAGAGGUGUUUGAUCCUGAAUCUCCUCCUCCUUCAGUAGAGCAGCACAGUGAGAGAGCUGGAGGAACAGUGGAGGGAAGAUACAUCACCAUCAUCAACACACCUCACCUGUUCCAUCCUCAGCUCUCCCUGACUACACUGCACAACAGAGUGAGAGAGUGUGCAUCUCUGUGUUCUCCUGGGCCUCAUGUUCUAAUGCUGGUUCUACAGCCAGAUGAUUUCACAGAGACAGACAGACACAGGCUGAAUCACAUCCUCCACUGUCUGUCUGAAGAUCCUCAUAAACACACCCUGGUAGUAACAACCCAUCUACUGCAGUCAGACUCCUGUGUAGAUCCAGCUAAAGAGAACGUAUCUCAGAGGAUCAUCACUGAAUACACUAACACACAUGUAGAGUUCAGCAGGGGAUGCAGUCGCUCUGAUCUUGUGGAGAUGGUGGUGAAGAUGGUUGUGGAGAAUGGAGGGAGUCAUCUAAAAUGGAAGGAAUUUGAAGAUGCUCCAGUUGCGAUUAAACAGCGACAACAUGAACAAACAGCACAACGAAAAGUCUCGGAACAGAGCACAAAGGAAAAAUGGUCUGAGAGGCUGAAUCUGGUUGUGUGUGGGAGUGAAGGAUCAGUAAAGUCCUCUGUAUCAGAUCUAAUACUGGAUCAGACAGAGUUCAGUGCAGAGUCCAGAUCAGUGUGUGUGAAGAGAGAAGCAGAAGUAUGUGGACGUCUGAUCUCCCUGGUGGAGCUUCCAGCUCUCUACAGCUCUCAGCUCUCAGAGGAGGAAGUGAUGCGGGAGACUCUCCGCUGUGUCUCUCUCUGUGAUCCUGGAGUUCAUGCUUUUCUCUUCAUCAUUCCUGAGGGACGUCUCACUGAUGAAGAUAAAGGAGAACUGGAGAAGAUCCAGAGAAUAUUUGGAUUGAAAUUGAACAGCUACAUCAUAGUCUUCAUCAGUACAGAGAAUCUGAAGGAUGCAGUGUUAGAUGAUGUUAUUAGGAAAGUAGCUGAAUCUGGUAAAGUACAUGUUUGUGUUUUGGAAACCAACAUAGACAAGUCAGUAAUUCUGCAGAAAGUAGAACUUGUGGUUGAGAAAAACAGUGGAAGCUGCUACACAUCUAACAUGUAUUUAGAAGCACAGGUGGAAACACAGCUGAAAUACAAAUCUGAGAUUAAAGACCCUAAGAAAAACAUUCAUAAUCUAGAAGAAAAUAAACUCAAGACUAAAGAAUCUUCCUCAGAUACAGGAGAUCUAAGAAUUGUUCUCAUGGGGAAGACUGGAGUGGGGAAGAGUGCUUCAGGAAACACCAUCCUGCGUAAAGAAGUCUUCAAAGAGUUAAGUUCCUCUAAGUCAGUUACCAGCGUCUGUCAGAAACAAUCAGCUGAAGUCAGACGGAGACGGGUCACUGUGAUCGACACUCCAGGACUGUUUGAUACGAGUAUUUCUAAUAAAGAAAUCAUAAAGGAAGUCACUAAAUGUAUCACCAUGGCUUCACCAGGUCCACACGUCUUUCUGCUGGUGCUGACAGUGGGACGCUUCACACAAGAGGAGAAAGAAGCAGUGAAGAUGAUCCAAGAUCGGUUUGGUGAAGAAUCCAGAAGAUACACCAUGGUGCUCUUCACCAGAGGAGAUGAUCUGAGGAAAAUGAGCAUUGAAGAUUAUAUUAAAGAUUCUGACCGCAGCUUACAAAACAUCAUUGACAAGUGUGGAAACAGAUACCACGUGUUCAACAACAGAAAUACUGAAGACCAAACCCAGGUCACUGAUCUACUGGAGAACAUCGACUCCAUGGUGGCAGUGAAUGGAGGGAGCUGCUACACUAAUGAGAUGUUCCAGAAGUCUAUAAAUCACCUCAGACUGAAGACUGGAAUUGCUGCAGUUUGA